AUGGACUACUCCUACCUCAAUUCGUACGACUCGUGCGUGGCGGCCAUGGAGGCGUCCGCCUACGGCGACUUCGGCGCCUGCAGCCAGCCAGGCGGCUUCCAAUACAGCCCCCUGCGGCCCGCCUUCCCCGCGGCCGGGCCGCCCUGCCCCGCGCUCGGCUCCUCCAACUGCGCGCUUGGCGCUCUCCGCGACCACCAGCCCGCGCCCUACUCAGCAGUGCCCUACAAGUUCUUCCCGGAGCCGUCGGGCCUGCACGAGAAGCGCAAGCAGCGGCGCAUCCGCACCACGUUCACGAGCGCGCAGCUCAAGGAGCUAGAGCGCGUCUUCGCCGAGACCCACUACCCCGACAUAUACACGCGCGAGGAGCUGGCGCUCAAGAUCGACCUCACGGAGGCUCGCGUGCAGGUCUGGUUCCAGAACCGCCGGGCCAAGUUCCGCAAACAGGAGCGCGCGGCCAGCGCGAAGGGUGCGGCGGGCGCGGCGGGCGCCAAAAAGGGCGAGGCGCGCUGCUCGUCGGAGGACGACGACUCCAAGGAGUCCACGUGCAGCCCCACGCCCGACAGCACCGCGUCGCUGCCGCCGCCGCCCGCGCCCAGCCUGGCCAGCCCGCGCCUAAGCCCCAGCCCGCUGCCCGCCGCCCUGGGCUCCGGGCCCGGGCCCGGGCCGGGGCCACAGCCGCUCAAGGGCCCGUUGUGGGCCGGCGUGGCGGGCGGAGGGGGCGGCGGGCCCGGCGCGGGCGCGGCCGAGCUGCUUAAAGCCUGGCAGCCGGCGGAACCCGGGCCUGGGCCCUUCUCGGGGGUUCUGUCCUCCUUCCACCGGAAGCCCGGCCCCGCCCUGAAGACCAAUCUCUUCUAGCCGCCGGACUCUGGAGGCUCCAGGCGUGUCCCCAGAGACGACCCCCGCCUCUCGAGGACCUGACAGUCCCUCCCCAGCCGGGCCGCCUGCCUAGAAGUCCCCGUCCCUCCCCACUUCCCGCCGCGUCUGACCCCUAGGUGUGCCCUCCCCAGCUUUGGAGACCAGGUCAGGGCCACACUCGUCCUCACGCACCCCCACCCGGCAGAGUGGGAUGCUCUUCAUUGGGACCCCCUCCAGGAGAGCCCGAAGCCCCUUCUAGCUUGGCUUUCUUUGGAACCGGGAUCAAAUAAUGCCUGUCCGUAACACAGUGCUCGAACGUGAGUCCUCAAGGAGGAACAGCUGGGCCCCCUCCCCUGGCUCUGCAGCUGGCUGGGUCACCCCUCACCUUGGUGACUAGUCGGCUGCCCCACCCCUCAGGCCCAUCCGCACUGACCCCACCCUUGCAAAGGCCAGUGGUCGCCGGGAUAAUCAGCAGCCUGAGGGUACCACGGCCAAUUUGUCCCUCACUUAUCCCCUCCCAUUCCCAGCGGGUCUGGUGCAGAGGGUAGGCCCGUGUGGAGUGG